GGGACAACUCCUGGCUGCCACAGCCUACUAAUAUUUUAUUUGUGGCUUCCCCUGGAAUGCAUAAUGCAUAAGAUACACAAUGCAAAACACACAUCAGAGUUCUUACUUGCAGGCUACCCCUCAACAAUGCAACAAGAACAACAAUAGAACACACAAAACAAGUGGUAGCAAUCAAAGAGUCCGCUACACAAAGUAAACAUGUACAAGUGUGUCUGCGUACGUGUGUCUGUCUGUGCGUCUGAGCGAGCAUUGUCUCACUGCCCUUUUGUGGCAGGCUGAGCACACACAGUGUAGGCGGGCAGACAGGUCAAGUAUUAAGCAAUCCGACGGAUUUCAAGGUAGGUCUCCGAGCCUCUUAGCAUGAGAUCCAGUGCGUUGGCAGAGACCCUGUGUUGACUGAUGGUGUGUGGGCAGAGUAAGGCUUGGGCGUGAGGGGUCCCCAUACACUGCCGGCCCUUUGACAGCCAUCAUAGAUGUCCUGGAUGGGUUGGAGCACAGCAUCUGAUGGCCUGGGCUACAUGCUACAGCACCCGACGGCCUGGGCUACAUGCUACAGCACCCGACGGCCUGGGCUACAUGCUACAGCACCCGAUGACCUGGGCUACAUGCUACAGCACCCGAUGACCUGGGCUACAUGCUACAGCACCCGACAGCCUGGGCUACAGGUUAAAUGCUCCGCGACCACUGAAGGGACCUGCGGCACGUUACAUGCUAGGUGCCAAAGUAGCCGGUCAAAACACUCCAGAUGACGUGGCAAAGGUAUUUUAAGAGGACACCGGGUUGGCAUGGGAGAUUUCUUUAGUCACCUCCGGGAGUAGAGUUGCUGUAGCACCCUCUUAUCAACACCGGUGGCAUUUAGGGAUCUGGGCACAUCCUCGGCUAUGUGGACCUAGGGGAACUUAAAACUGCUGAAUGUCCGUGCUGCAGCCAUCCGCCGUUUCCUGGAGUCAACCACUUUGUUUUGGUGACGUCACACCGGAGAGGCGCUGGCGUCAUCCUCUCACCUCCUCCCUGUAGACUGGUUCCUUGCUGUUGGUCAUCAGGGUUACGGUCGUGGUGUUGCCAACACGCUUGACGACGUGGUGUCAUUCACAGAUGCCACGGUCAGCGUGGUGCUUCAGUUUCAUGGGGCUUCAGUUUCGUGAGUCUGUGAGCAGGAGGUACUGUUGCCUCUCCUGACAGGCUGAGGUCUGCCUCUCAGAAAGUCCGGUAUCACGUUUCACCGGGUGGUGUUCAGGCCCGGUAUGCUGUGCUCAGUGAUGCGUUUGGAGGGAACGGUGCUGAAUGCUGAACUGUAGUCAACGAACGUCAAUCUCACGUGCCUUGGUUUGCUAGCUAAUGCGUUGGAAGCAGUAUACAGCUGGUACCCUGCGAGUCAAGCAUGGUGAUUCCUCGGGGUAGAGACUUUCUUGUGCGGAUUUCAUUUUAUUGGAAACCCCUUUUGCAAGGAAGAUUGCUUUUAUUAACAAACACUCUCAGUGGAGGUGUUAUGCUGUCUCUCGGAGAUAUCAUACAGCAGACCAGGGAGAAAAUGAAAGAUCCUGAAAAAAUUCGAGACUGGACCCGUACCGGACACAUGUUUGGAGUGGGUUGCUCAAUGGGACCUGUCCUUCACUACUGGUAUGGUUGGCUGGACAAAAUAUUCCUUGGGAAAGCCUUGCACACUGUAGGCAAAAAAGUGCUAGUGGACCAGCUGGUUUGUUCACCAAUCCUUGGAGCAUGGUACUUUUUAGGCAUGGGGGUUAUGGAGGGACACGGCCUCUCUAAAGGUGCUCUGGAAUUCAAAGACAAGUUCUGGGAGUUCUACAAGGCUGACUGGUGCGUCUGGCCUGCUGCACAACUGAUCAACUUCUAUUUUCUGUCACCCCAACACCGUGUCCUGUAUGUGAACACUGUGACCCUGGGCUGGGACACCUACCUCUCUUACCUCAAACACAGGGAAGAUGAUCACUUGGGAGAUGAUGAAAUCACUGAGGUGACCCCAGAGGCAAUUGGACCGAUUGUUCCAUCUCAAAGGAUUGAGAAGGUUUAGCACUGGACUCUAAAGAGUUUAAGAUCAGUGUUUCAUUCUUGGAACAGUUUUUCUUUUUUUUUUUUUAAGCACUGCAAAUGUAUAAAAACAGUAUGAAUA